AUGAGCAGCGCCGAGAUGGGCAAGUUCAACAUCUCGCCCGACGAGGACAGCAGCAGCUACAGCUCCAACAGCAACGACUUCAGCUACCCCUACCCCACCAAGCCGGCCGCCAUGAAGAGCCACUAUGCGGAUAUUGAUCCAGAAAACCAAAAUUUCUUGCUCGACUCCAAUCUUGGAAAGAAGAAAUACGAAACUCAGUAUCAUCCGGGUACUACUUCCUUUGGAAUGUCAGUAUUUAAUCUGAGCAAUGCUAUUGUGGGUAGUGGCAUCCUUGGUCUUUCUUUUGCCAUGGCUAACACUGGAAUUGCUCUUUUUGUGAUACUUCUGCUCUUUGUCUCAAUAUUUUCUUUGUAUUCAGUGCAUCUUCUWUUGAAGACUGCCAAUGAAGGAGGAUCUUUGUUGUAUGAACAGUUGGGAAUGAAGGCUUUUGGUAUGGCUGGAAAACUUGCUGCUUCUGGAUCAAUUACAAUGCAGAACAUUGGAGCUAUGUCAAGCUACCUCUUCAUAGUGAAAUAUGAGUUACCAUUGGUCAUCAAGACAUUUAUGAACAUCGAAGAGACCACAGGAGAGUGGUAUCUCAACGGUGACUAUUUAGUGCUGCUGGUGUCUGUCUUCCUCAUUCUUCCCCUGUCCCUACUGAGAAAUCUAGGGUAUUUGGGCUAUACCAGUGGCUUUUCCUUACUUUGCAUGGUCUUCUUUCUGAUUGUUGUGAUUUGGAAGAUGUUUCAGAUUCCUUGUCCUAUGGACAGUGACAUUGUGAACGUGACAUUAAUAAAUGCAACACUAGCACCUUUGGUAGAUGGAAACAUAACRAAUGAUGAUAUGUGCAAGCCAAAAUAUUUCAUCUUCAAUUCACAGACUGUUUAUGCUGUCCCAAUCCUAACAUUUUCUUUUGUCUGCCAUCCUGCAAUUCUUCCUAUUUAUGAAGAACUGAAAAGCCGAAGCCGUAAAAGAAUGAUGAAUGUGUCCUACGUAUCUUUUUUUGCCAUGUUCCUCAUGUAUUUAUUGGCUGCUCUCUUUGGAUACCUGACAUUUUAUGGUAAUGUCGAACCAGAACUGCUUCACACCUACUCUGCUUAUCUCGGUGCUGAUGUUCUCCUUCUUAUUGUGCGUCUCGCUGUACUUAUGGCUGUGACCCUCACUGUACCUGUAGUUAUUUUCCCAAUCCGCAGUUCCAUUACCCAGCUGUUGUGGGCAGGGAAGGAGUUCAGCUGGUGGCGUCACUGUGCCAUUACCAUCGCCCUUCUGGCAUUUACCAACGUGCUCGUUAUCUUUGUCCCUACCAUUCGAGACAUCUUUGGAUUCAUUGGUAAGMAUUUUCUUCCGAGAUCAAGCAGUCUUUCACAUUUCACAAAGAACAGUUCUAAUCUAAUUAGGAUAUGUUUACCUUUUGAUUUAUAUUUAUUUUCAUGCUUUUCCUAUACAGGUGCUUCUGCAGCUGCCAUGCUGAUCUUUAUACUUCCUUCUGCCUUCUAUAUCAAAUUAGUGAAGAAGGAACCAAUGAAGUCAGUGCAAAAGAUUGGGGCUGCAUUCUUCUUUCUAAGUGGUAUACUUGUGAUGACUGGGUGUAUGACACUGAUUAUUCUAGACUGGACCCAGAACAUUACAUCUGAUGGCCAUUAACUGCCCUGGUUUAAUUUCUGUAAUACUCCACUUCAAAUGCCAGUGUUCACUCAGAUACCUACUGAGAACGCAAAUGAGCUAUUCAGCUUCCUUUAAAAGGCAGAUUCUUUGUUGAUGGUUCUUCUGAUUGUAGAAUAUCUGAACUCUGUCUUUAAGAAACUAUUCUGCAUGAUGGAAGUGGAUAUAAACGUCAAACCACGUGAGUGUCUGGCUGAAGGAAGUGACAACUUUAUUCCAUUCCAGAGAAUGGACAGAACUCUCUGUAGACUUUUAUCAAGCCAUGUUUGGCUUUCGUCAUUGUUACUUGGAUAUUUUGUUAUUUUACUUGAAUGUGCCUAAUGGAACCAUUUGAUGUGAGAAAGAACUCUUUAAUUUGCAGCAAAGUGUUUAAAUAACCAAUGAGAGAGUGAGAGAAAGAGAGAAACACUAUUAUUUUUUGUACCAAAAAUUCUUAUGGACCUCAAAAGCACUAUUUUGACUUUAAGAAACAUUUUUUCUAAAGAGAAGGAAAAAAUAACAUAGAAGAGCUCAGAAAAAAAUAUUUAAUUAGUGUCCUAAAUUAAAUUUAGUUUGACUUCAUYUCUUCACUCGUGUCACAAGUGACAGGACCCGAGGAAACAGCAUGAAGCUGAGUCAGGGAAGGUUUAGGGUGAGUGUUAGAAAAAGGUUUUUCACCCAGAGGGUGGUUGGGCACUGGAACAGGCUCCCCAKGGAAGUGGUCACAGCACCAAGCCUGGCAGAGUCCAUGAAGUGUUAGGACAACGCUCCCAGGCAGGUGUGGCUCUUGGGGUGUCCUGUGCAGGGUCUGGAGUUGAACGCAGUGGUUUUAUGGGUCCCUUGCCACUUAAUAUGUUUUAUGAUUCUGUAGAGGCAUAAUUAAAAGAAAUUUUAUUUUAAAAAUGCUUCUAAUGACCAAAACAGAAAAUGAACCAAUUCAGGUCAAAAUUCUCUGAUACGACAGGCUUCCCAUGAAAUUCACUYAGUUUAAAUGAGAGUGAAAACAAUCCUGAAAAUCAUUUUUCAGCUUACGUAAGUAACUAGAGUUACCAAAAAUGGUGUCGAAAUGCAAAUUUUUCAAACUUUAGAUAAACCCACCCUUUAGAAAGGGGUACAUUUGAGAAAAGCAUAGGUAAUCUAAAAUUGUAAAGAUGGCAUUGACACUUCCCUUCUUGAGGUACUCAGUAGUGCAAUUGAGUAAAACAGGGUUUGGGUUUUUUGCUUUUUUGGUUUUUUUUUUCCUGUUGUAGAUAGAAACUGAAUGGCACUGGAGCAUAUGAUGCCAUUAAUACAAAACUCCCCCCUCAAGUUCCCUUUAUUAAUAAGGUCCAUUGUCAGUUGUAGCAAUGUUGGAGUUUUUUCCUAUCCAAUCUAUCUUGAAACACUCUGUAGAAAAAUGAAAAAGUCCUAAUGUAGUCUGCUAGUUGUAUAAUAUUCAGAAACUGUACAGUAUUUCUCAAAUUCCUCAUCCAUUACUGGAUUUUGAAUUACUUGACUAUUCUGUUUCUGAGUCAAAUCCACAAAACAACUGCACCAAUAUUUCAUGCUUGGUACAAACUCUCUUCACAUACRCAACUGGGAUUUCCUCUUCCAAUUUAUACUGUGUAGUAGUAUUAAAGAUAACCUCAUAGGCUGGAUAGUCAUCUCAUACUUGUUUGCUUCAGAAAUAGUUACGUUUCUAACGAGCCCUAGCUGAUGAAACAGGUGCUGUAUGGUUGUGAUGAGCUMUUUUGUUUCUAGUGCAUGUUUACUCUUUCAUUCUUGUCCCAGGUUGAAGAGAGGUAACACUUGUGUAACAGCGUACUUGGCUUUUAAGAGGUUCUCAAACACAGCAAUAUUGGGUACAAAAGCCUAGAUAGAGAUUAUUGAUGAAAUAGUCAUGGCAGUGUG